AUGAGAGACAAAGUCACUUGUAUUCCUAAUAAUGGAAAUCAGAUUGCAACAUUAACAAAAUGUAUAAAUAAUUCCCAAACAAUAACACCAACCUAUCAGACAAAAGAACUUGGCAAAGAUUAUGUUACAGAUUCAGAUAGUAACAGUGAUUUUAGUGAAUCAGAAUUUGAACAUGAAAUUGAAGAUACGCAAAAAAAGGACAAUGAGAAUAGUGAUUAA